AUGUGUGACACCGUGACGGACGGAGGGGGCUGGACAAUAUUCCAGCGUCGCGUCUCCGGUGCCGUAGACUUCUACCGGAACUGGGAAGAAUACAAAUACGGAUUCGGAGACUUCGACGCCGGGGAAUUCUACCUCGGUAACGAAAACAUCUACUGUCUUACUUCAGAAAAAUCCUACGAUUUGAGAAUUGAUAUGAGUUUCAACGGAUCCAGCUACUUCGCUCAAUAUUCAAAGUUCCAACUGUAUCCAGAGAGUCAGUUUUACAAAAUUUCAUACGAUGAGUACUCAGGAAAUGCAGGGGAUUACCUACAAACCUCGGAUCUCCGUCAGAUGUUUAGUACGUAUGAUAAGGACAACGACAUCGACGAUACUAGACAGUGUGCAGUGACAUUCCACGGUGCGUGGUGGUACUCACGAUGUCACAUGGCUAACCUCAACGGUCUAUGGGGGAGCAAGGAGUAUGGUGUGGGUGUACAGUGGGACGGCGUCACAGGCGAUGUUGAUUCGCUUGACUUCAGCGAAAUGAAAAUUAGACCGAAAUAA